CUUUGCUUUUAUUUUCAUAUAUAAAUAAUAAUAAUAGUAAUUAAUAAUAUGAGUAACCUUGUCGUAUAUGGUGGUGCUGGUGCUCUUGGACGCUCUGUUGUAACCUUUUUUAAAGAAAAGGGCUGGACAGUUACUAGCAUUGACUUGGUUGAGAAUGUCAGUGCAGAUCACAAUGCCAUUGUUAAUCCUAAUGCCACACUUCAAGACCAAGCUAAAGAAGUCCAGGACAACCUUGCCAGUUUUCUAGGCGCCAAAAAACUUAAAGCUAUUUUGUGUGUUGCAGGUGGUUGGGCAGGUGGAAAUGCUGCCAGCAAAGACUUUUUGGCCAACUCUGAGUUGAUGUGGAAGCAGAGUGUUUACUCUUCUUUUAUUGCUGCCCAGGUAGCCGCUCGUCAUCUUGAAAGUGAUGGUCUUUUGACAUUGACAGGUGCCUUGGCCGCAAAUGGCCCUACUCCUGGCAUGAUCGGCUAUGGUGUUGCUAAAGCUGCAGUUCAUCAUCUUGUAAAAGACUUGGCUAGUCCCGGUAGUGGUUUACCCCCCAAUGCCAAAGUUACUGCUGUCUGCCCAGUUACUCUUGAUACUCCAAUGAACAGAAGUGGAAUGCCUAAAGCCGAUUUUUCAUCCUGGACACCUACCGAGACUGUUGCAAAACAAUUGUAUGCAUAUGCAACCGGAACUGCUGCUUUGACUAGCGGGAGUCUUUUGGAAGUAGUUACAAAAAAUGGAGAGACUACAUUCAAGGAAAUCUAAGUUUAAUAAGAUCCAUUAAUCCUAUUAUUUAAUGUUGAUACUAUCAACUAAAGAAGUCUGAUGUAUAAGCACAAUGUUUAUGGAGUAUACUAAUAAAUUGCACC